AUGGCCAGUGCAGUUGCUCACCCAGAGGCCCUCCUUGAGCGCCUCGACAUUGCAGGCAGCGACGACGAGAGCUCCGAGGCCGCCGAGCGCAAGCGUCCCGCCGUUGCCAACCUCGGCCUUCCCACGUCCAUCACCAACGUCGCGGCCGACAACUUCCUGUACUGGACGCUCUCAGACCUUAUUGACGACCACCCGGAAGACACAAAGAUUGAGGUGCCCGUUGAGGACGAGCUCGCGCUUGAGAUCGCCGGCGUUGGCCUCAAGGUCGUCAAGGACAAGUCCAACCCGGAGGACGAGGACUAUGUCCCAGCCGACCGCAAGACCAAGGUCCACACGCUUGUUUGUCUUCGCAAGACCCUUGUCCUCCACGAAGACAACCCGGUGUGGGACCGCACGCCUCAAGCCGAAUGGGCCGCACUGGUUGCCGAGGUCGGGGGCAACAUUGACAAGGCCGGCGUCAUCGUGCAAGGCUGGAUCGAUGCUGCCGGCGAUUCCGCACUGUCACCUCGACCCAUCCCUGGCUCGGAGGACGUCGACCUGAUGGCCGAGCCGAUCUACAUCGACGCGAACCGCAAAGUGCUGUUUGACGCAAAGCCCGCUCAGACCGAACGGUGCGCGGCGCUCAUCUUCAACUAUCUGGCCUUCCACGAGCGCGGGAUCGCGGCCCUGGAGGCGCAGGAAGCCGAGCGGCGCGCGCAGCUCCCUGGCGUCAUGUGGAGGAAGACCCAUCCCGAGCCAUUGCGCUUCCCGCUGCCGAGCGUGCUCGCGGGCAAGAUCGACGCCGACGAGUUCCCAGCCGUCGCUGCUGCAGUUCAGCGCGGGUACCUCGAGGGCCCGAGCGAGCUCAAGACGAGCCGCACCGUGUCUGCUGCGGCCUCCAAGCUGAGCAGGGAGACGCUCUCGCGGGAGGAGAAGGCAGCCAACCAGCUCCUGUACCUCAUCAACGACCGCCUGCUCGUGUCGGACAAGUUCUGGCUCCAGGACGAGGCAGAGGUUGUGGGCACGCCUGCGCAGCUUACAGCUGCCUACGACGCCGUGGUCAAGGACCUGAAGGCUCUGGCCGCCACUGACCGCCUCACGCACCGCGACGGUGACACUCUCGAGACCGAGUUGUGGAACAUGGUGUACGAUGCCGAGAAGGGAGACUACGAUGACUAG